UCGCUCUCCCGCCCGCCCUCCUUGGCGCGCACGCUCGGCCGCCCGACGACGCGGGAGCAGCACGCGUCGGACGAGGCUCGCGGCGCUCAUUGCUGCCGCGCGGUGCUCCGCGCAGCCGGCACCCCUGGAUUCCGCGUCUGGAGACAAUCGGGACCUGCUAGUCUGCGGCUCCGGAGGGCGGCGGCGGGAAGGAUGAAGAACGAAAUUGCUGCUGUGGUCUUCUUUUUCACACGGCUAGUACGAAAACAUGAUAAGUUGAAGAAAGAGGCAGUUGAGAGGUUUGCGGAGAAAUUGACUCUAAUACUUCAAGAAAAAUAUAAGAAUCAUUGGUAUCCUGAAAAACCAUCAAAAGGGCAGGCCUACAGGUGCAUUCGUGUCAAUAAAUUUCAGAGAGUUGAUCCUGACGUCCUAAAAGCCUGUGAGAACAGCUGCAUCUUGUACAGCGAUUUGGGCUUACCAAAGGAGCUCACUCUCUGGGUGGACCCAUGUGAGGUGUGCUGUCGGUAUGGAGAGAAAAACAAUGCAUUCAUUGUUGCCAGCUUUGAAAACGAGGAUGAAAACAAAGAUGAGAUCUCCAAGAAAGUUACCAGGGCCCUUGAUAAAGUUACCUCUGAUUAUCAUUCUGGAUCCUCUUCUUCGGACGAAGAGCCUAGUAAGGAAGUGAAACCCAAUUCGGUGACUGCAACCCCCAGCCCUGUGUACCAGGUUUCAGAACUGAUAUUCCCACCUCUUCCAAUGUGGCAUCCUUUGCCCAGAAAAAAGUCAGGAAUGUACCGAGGGAAUGGCCACCAGAAUCACUACCCUCCUCCUGUUCCUUUUGGUUAUCCAAAUCAGGGAAGGAAGAAUAAACCUUAUCGCCCCAUUCCAGUGACAUGGGUACCUCCCCCUGGAAUGCAUUGUGACCGGAACCACUGGAUCAAUCCUCACAUGUUAGCACCUCACUAGCACCAUUUGAGUCUCUUGGUGUCAUGUUGAGAGAUAGGUAGAAUACGCCUGACUAUAUUAAAAGUGAAAAGUUCAUAUUCAUAGUAGUAAAGUUAGAUGGACCAAACCAUCAAACUUAUUUUUAUAGAGAAGUUAUUGAGAAUAAUCUUUCUUAAAAUAUAUAUAUAUAUGCACUUUAGAUAUAUUGAUAUAGUUUGAAAAACUUUAUUAAAGUUAGUCAAGUGCCUGAGUUUUUAAUAUUGGACUUGAGUAUUUAUAUUUUGUGUCAUCAACUUUGUUGGAUACAGAACACUGUAGGAGUGGAUGAUCAGUGCUAGCACCUUUACGCAUUUACUUUAUGGAGAAUAUGUACGUUAUUUAUACACAAGGAAAUCUAUUUUAUGUCAUUGUUUAAAAGAAUUGUGUGAAAUCAUGUAGUUGCAAAUAAAAAAUAGUUUAAGGCA